AUGACGGUGGAGCAAGUUCCUCUCUGGCUGGAUUGCGAUCCGGGACACGAUGACGUCUUUGCCAUCUUGCUGGCCGCCUACCACCCCAGGCUCAAGCUCCUCGGCAUCUCCUCCGUCUUUGGCAAUGCCCCGGUAGAAAACACCACUCAGAAUGCGGCCUCGGUCCUCACAGCCAUCGGCAAGUCGCACGAGAUCCCGCUGCACGUCGGCCUCAACAAGGCCCUCGAGCGGCCGGCCAUCCACGCGCCCGACAUCCACGGCGAGUCGGGCCUCGACGGCACCGCCCUGCUGCCGACGCCCACCGUCGCGCCCUCGCCCGUCCCGGCCAUUGACGCCAUGGCCGCCGCCCUGCGCGCGCAGCCGCCCAACACCGCCUGGCUCGUGGCCACGGGCUCGCUGACCAACGUCGGCGCCCUCUUCCGCGCGCACCCGGACCUGGCGGCGCACAUCAAGGGCCUCAGCCUCAUGGGCGGCUCCUUUGGCGACAACUUUUCCGCCGCGCCGCUCGGCAAGGUCGACGGCCGCGAGCGCAUCGGCAACAUCACCCCGUUUGCGGAAUUCAACAUCAUCAUCGACCCCGAGGCCGCUGCCGAGGUCUUUGGCAACCCGGUCCUCGCGGCCAAGACGACGGUCGUGCCGCUGGACCUGAGCCACCAGGUGCUGGCGACGUCGGGCGUGCGGGACAUGCUGCUGCACGGCAGAGGAGGAGCCAAGACGGCGGGCGAUGCGAAUGAGGGCAAGACGACGCUGCGGACCAUGCUGGUCGAGCUUCUCUACUUUUUCUCCAAGACAUAUGCCGACAUCUUUGGCAUCACAGAGGGCCCCCCGCUGCACGAUCCCCUCGCCGUCGCCGCCGUGCUCACCGGCACGCCCGACGAAAUCGCCUUUCACGAUUGGGAUGCUGAGCGCAGCGAAUCCCCGCGGUACGAUGAGCGCUUUGGCGUCUCCGUCGUGACUGCCGGCGUCUUUGAGGACGCCAGGGACGGCAAGGUUGAGACGGGCCGCACCGUCGGCGCGCUGCUGCCGCGCGGCCAGGCCGGCGUGCGCAUACCGCGCUCCAUGGACGUGGCCAAGUUCUGGGAUGUCAUUGAGGAUUGCGUGGAGCGCGCCGAUGCCGUCAACGCGGCCAACGGGCGGACAUGA